AUGGGCAUCGACGUAAAGAAGAAGGUGCUCAAGCGCAAAUUGAAGCAGAUGAAAGAUGGGCACGAGAAGAAAAAGGCCAAGGAAGUUGUUGAAGAACAACCAAUGGAGGAAGAUGAGGAAGACGACGUAGAGGACCAGAAAGCUGAAUCUGAAGAGACCAGCGGUACCAAAGUAUCUGAAUUCUUGACAAAAACGACCUUUGCUUCACUGGAAGGCAAAGUUAACGCCACAUUGUUGAAGGCCGUUCAAGGAUUAGGAUUCACGACGAUGACUGAAAUCCAAGCCAAAAGUAUCGACCCUCUGUUAGAAGGAAAAGACGUGCUGGCAUCUGCUAAAACUGGUUCCGGAAAGACUCUUGCUUUCCUGAUCCCAGCUAUCGAACUUCUUCAUAAACUCAACUGGAAACAGCACAAUGGAACUGGAAUUAUCAUCGUCUCGCCUACCCGUGAAUUGUCUAUGCAGACCUAUGGUGUUCUAGCUGAACUUCUUGAAGGUUCAAACCUUACUUACGGACUUGUGAUGGGUGGUUCCAAUCGAAGCGCCGAGAAAGACAAACUUGGAAAAGGUGUUUCAAUUUUGGUAGCCACACCUGGACGUCUUCUUGACCAUCUUCAGAAUACUGAUAAUUUCUUAGUUCGCAAUUUGAAGUGUUUGAUUAUUGAUGAAGCGGAUAGAAUUCUUGAUAUUGGAUUUGAGAUCGAAAUGCAACAAGUUCUGAGGCAUCUACCAAAACAACGUCAGUCGAUGCUUUUCUCUGCAACUCACUCUCCGAAGGUCGACGAACUCGUCAAGCUCGCUCUCCAUUCAAAUCCCGUCCGUGUGUCUGUGAACGAGAAGGCGGAAGAGGCAACUGUCGAAGGAUUGCAACAAGGAUAUAUUGUUGCUCCAUCAGACAAACGUCUUCUUCUUCUGUUCACUUUCUUGAAAAAGAACAAAACCAAGAAAGUUAUGGUGUUCUUCUCAUCUUGCAAUUCAGUCAAGUUCCAUCACGAACUCCUCAACUACAUUGACAUUCCUUGCAUGUCUAUUCACGGAAAGCAGAAGCAACAGAAGCGGACAACGACAUUCUUCCAAUUCUGUCAAGCCGAGAGUGGCAUUCUUCUCUGUACUGAUGUUGCUGCUCGUGGUCUCGAUAUCCCAGCCGUUGACUGGAUUGUUCAAUACGAUCCUCCAGAUGAGCCAAGAGAAUAUAUUCACCGUGUCGGACGUACUGCUCGUGGAACCAAUGGAAGUGGAAAAGCUUUGCUCGUUUUGAGACCAGAAGAACUCGGAUUUUUGAGAUAUUUGAAAGCUGCUAAAGUAACACUGAACGAAUUCGAGUUUUCAUGGAAUAAGGUAGCCAAUAUUCAAUCCCAACUCGAGAAUCUCAUCAGUAAGAACUACUACCUGAACAAAUCUGCAAAAGAGGCAUACAAGUGCUACUUGAGAGCGUAUGAUUCGCAUUCACUGAAGGACAUCUUCGAUGUGACUAAUAUGGACUUGACAGCUGUUUCGAAAUCAUUUGGAUUCUCAGUUCCACCAUUCGUCGAUCUCCCAAUUAGUAAUAAGCCAAAGGUUGAGGUUCGUUCAAAGCUCUCUGGAGCCGGAUACCGUAAAAAGAAGCCGUCAUUCACUUUCAAAACAAAGAAGUGA